CUCGAUACAUGGCGCCCUCUGCAGAAUAAUCCCGGAAGUAUAGAUACAAUACCUUCCUUGUUUACAAAUCCUGACAGCUACAUUAAGUUCCUGCUUGUUGGCGCAGCAGUGAAUGAAUAAGGAUGAUGAAAUUUAUACCAACAAAGUCAAUCUUCUAUUAGAGCUUAAAUCAAUGGGUUCAUGCAAAGUGCAGGAAAAGUUUAACAACUAAUUAACUGAAUUACAAGCCACUUAUUUGUAGAUUUUGGGUAUAAUGCCAUUGCCGAUGCCAGGAUUCAUGGAGCACAGAAACAGUACAGUUACCAGGCCUGACACGGGCAAGACAUUGCCCCCAACGCCAAGUAACUUCAGGAACUUGAGUGCUAACAUUAGAAGAGUGGCAGUGAUAAUGCCAGACAGAAAAGACCAGGGAAGCCAGGGGCAGCUGAUUCAGUUUGAUCAGACUUUGGCUCUGGACAUUAUAAUACAAGAUAUUUGUAGCAAAUGGGGCAUUGAUGACGCAAGUUCAUAUUCACUUCGUUUCAAUGAGAACAAUCAGAAAAUGUAUAUCACUGAGAAAAAUCGUAAAGAUAUCCGUGAUGGACAGGUUUUGAAUUUGACUCUCUCAGCUGCCCAAACAGCUAAACAUAUUAGACAAGCCCUGAGUGGGUCUAGACAGGAAGACAAAAAUUCAGCCCUACGACACCUGUCCCUGCUCUCAUCAGAUAUCUCUUUUGCUGAAGAGUUCAUCAAAAUUGAGGGCCACCAACUGGUUAUCACUAUUGUCACAUCUGGAAACUCCCGAGGGGAUCCACUGGCUUAUGCCCUGAAGUCUUUUGUCUUCCUUAUGGAGCAUGGUCUUGUACAGUGGGAGAUUCUAGAACCUGACUUUAUCAGACGGGUGGCUGACUGUGUCAACAUCUCAGCUAGCAACUUGGAUACCUCCUGUCUUCAGUCAGCAUUAGACAUUCUUGAAUCUGUUGUUCUGUAUUGUUCAUCCCGCCAAAAUGUUAUAGAGCAGGUAGUCACACCAGUCAAUGUUAUACCCCACUUAGAAAGUAAAAGUGCAGAUGUUCAGAAAAAUGCCAUAGCAUUGAUCAAUGCAUUGUUUACUAAAGCAGAUGAAACAAAAAGGAAGAAAAUUGCAGAAAGUCUUCAGUCCCAGAAGAUGCGAAAUAAUAUUCUAAGUAAUGUAAUCCGUGGUCAGAAUGUUGGUGCAGGGAUGGCCCAUGAACUGUAUGUACUACAGACCUUGCUGCUUAAUCUCAAUGAAGACAGGAUGAGGAAGCCAGUUGACGUCCAUGAUCCUCUUAUCCUACGUGAAAUUGAAGAGCUUCGUAGAAUAGCUUUUGAUGUGGAAGGUGAUCCUAAUAUAAACACAGUUCGCAAGUCACAAAAUUCUGCCAAAGAGUAUAAAAAACUUGGAUUUGAGAAAUCAAAUCCAGUGGAAGACUUUAUUGAUGUACCACCAGGUGUUCUAGCCUUGGAUGUCAUGUUGUACUUUGCUCGUAACCACGGAGAAAACUAUGUCAAGGUGGUUUUAGAGAACUGCACAAGAGAAGAUGACCAUGACUGUCCAUUUGUCCAGGCAAGCAAGAUGCUGACCAAAAUUCUGUGCGACAUUCUAAAAAUUGGAGAACCACCAUCUGAUGAUGGGGAAACAUAUUAUACAAUGUUUUUCUCCCAUGAUAAGCCAUUUGAGGAGUUUUUCUGUAUAUGUAUUCAGUUACUUAACAAAACUUGGAGAGAAAUGAAAGCAACUUCAGAUGAUUUUCAAAAAGUGCUGGACGUGGUCAGGGAGCAGAUCACCAGGUGUUUGGAUCAGCUGCCGACAUCCUUUGAAACAUUCAGGUCGAAGAUUAAUUCGCUGACGUACGCGCAGAUCAACAAGAUUUGGGAGAAUGAGCGGGAGAUCAAAGCAGGGCAGGGGGCACAACUCAAGCCCAUCAUAGAGCUGAGGGAACAAAUCAAGCCUGAGAUCAUGGACCUGAUCAAGCAACAGAGGCUCAACUACCUGGUGUCUGGCACCAGGUUUGCCAAGUACACCAAGAGUGGCAAGGCAAAAGAUAAAUUUUGGUUCUGGCGUUUGGCACCCAACCACAAGGCCCUUCACUAUGGUGACUGUGGGGAAUCAGAGAGUCCAUCUCUUGAAGAGUUGCCAAACAAAUUGCUGUUGUCAGACAUCCAGAAACUACAGACUGGCAGAGAUUGUCCACACAUUAAUCAAACCAAGGCUAGGAGACCAAUGCAGACCACUAACGUAGCCUUCUCACUGAAGUUUGAACCUGAGACAGACCCCAUCUGUUUUGUGGCCACCUCUGAAUAUGAGUUUGAUAUGUGGACUGAUGGUCUGAACUUCCUGAUGGGCAAUGAGAUGACAAGUUCAAUGGUAAACAAAGAUCUAGAAACUCUCCUGUCAAUGGAAAUCAAAAUGAGAAUGCUUGACACAGAAGGUGUGCCCAUUCCAGCAGAAGCUCCGCCCAUUCCCCCACCACCAUCCAAUUACAAUUUUGCUUAUCUUAACUUGUGACCCAUGGGAUAUUAAAUAUAGACUGUUUAUAUUUCAUUGUUGGACUUAGCCAAAUGGAAGCAAGGUUAAUACAGAUACAACAUUUUCACAAUUCAAUGUUGAACUUUCAGAUGAAAACCAGGAUAACAGGGUUAGAAUAUUCAUCUUACAAUGUUGGAUGGUUGGAAUAGUUUUUUUUUUUUUGUAUUUGAUUGUUGGAUAAUCAAAUUACAGCAAGGAUAAUGUGGAUACAUUUUUUUUUUUUGAGUGGUGGAUAGCCAAACGGAAGCAAGGAUCAACCAGGACAGAAUUUUUCAUAUUACAACGUUGGACUCCGCCAAAUGUAAGCACUUGGCACAGUAUUCUCCACUUGUAAACAUUUUUAAAGUCAUUUUCUUCAUGUCAUCUCUCCAAGCCAGACAUCAAUUACUCAUCAACUGCAGUACUUAUGGGUUUUUCUGCUGUAUUUCAACAAGUAUUGUUAACAAGAUUUUAAAAUAUAUUUCCAUCAAUAGAGUUGUUAGUGUCCCUUAAAGUAAGAAACAACACAUUGCAUGUGCAAUGUUAUUUGUUAUUGUAUAAUGCUGGUGAGGCUAGAUGGGUUAUCUCUAAGCUACUAUAAUCGUGGGACUGUUUAAUUUCAUGGAUAUUUAUUAUGAUACUAUUCUUUAACAUAGAUGUGUAGCCUUCAUCCAUGAUUUGAUGGAUAACAUUGAUUAGCAACCUCAUACUUAAUCUACUCCAACUUUUAUUUUGAUAGCAAUCUUGAAUUAAUGAACUACAACAUUUGUUUAAAAAUUUUGAAUUAAAUUAGCUCCAAAAUAUAUUUGUACUAUGAAUAAAUACUGAACAAAGAACACAAUUGCUUGUGAUAGGGGAGGUAAACCAGGAUGAAGAACUUAAACUUCACAAAUAAUAUAUUGUAUGUAUUUUUUUGACCAUGUCAUGUCCCAUAUCCCACAAAUUAUAUAACUUUAUAACAGCACAAAGUGUGUUCAUUAUUAUAAUGGACAAAACAUAUAUGAAUAUUAAAACACUUGAAAUUUUUAAAAUAUUAAAACACUUUAACUCUAUUGGGUAUAUAUUUCAAUUUAGGAAAAUGAUGAUUCAGAUAUGGUAAUUCCAAGUUUGAGUAGUCUAUGCUUAUUCAUCAUUUCAUUCCUUUAAGUUGUUAAAAUUUACGAGCAACAGAACUAAGGCAUUAUUUUAUCUCUCUAUCAUAGUCCUGAUUCAUAAAUGUUUCUGAUAAAUGUUUCUGAUUUAAAAAAAAAUCUUAUGAGCGCAAGGCAACAAGCAUCUGUCAAUUAAUCAUUGCCAUCUUUCAUGGGUGUCUGAUUUAUUUUCUUCUCAUUGUACGAGUGCAAGAAAGCUAGCAUACGUCAUGAAAUCACAUUGCCCCUUACGGGUUAUGACAUUUGUACUAUAUUAUCACGUAUAUCACCCUAGAUGAGGAUUGCCCAGGGAUGGCCUUUACCUUGUUGACAAAGUCAUCAAUCAAAAAGAUAUGAGUUGACCAUCUUACCACCAAAGUGCCGUUAUUUUACUAGUAUUUAUUUGAACUUGGCUGCCAUGAGUAGAAAUCAGAACAUUUUUAAUAUUAUUUUUUUUUUUACGACAAGACCAUUCGUAUUUAUUCAAAGUAUGUCACUACAAUAUGCAAGUCUGUUGCCUCAAAGGGAUUUUUUUUUUCUUUCAAAUUUUCCCAGUGUAUAAAUCUCUAGUGUGUUCUCAAUAUGAAAACAUGUAUGUGUACAUACUUUACAUAUAUUUAUACCUAUAAUGUAUUUUAUAAGUAGAUAUUUCUUGUUGUAGAUUUGGAAAUGUUUGGGGAUAACAGGCUAAGAUAAUACCUGGUCAGCAAAGUGCCAUAACCAAGUAUUAAAUUUAUUAAGUUUUCUUUGAUUUGGGUUAGAAGAAGAAAAAUGCUUCAUCUAAUGAAUAUUUGUUCCUUUAAUCAUUUUCAAAAAAUUUAAUGAAUUCUACUUCCUGUUUCAUUAUUAUGUAAUACUAUUUCUUACUUCACAGAUUUGACAUAUUCAGUGUUUUGUUCAGGCAUCCCCCCCCCAAUUUAAACCCCACUUCCCCAAUCUGCCACUGACUAAAAGAAGAAAAAAAAAUUGCAAUCUUUACCUGCCCCUUUCCCAGAAGUUUCAAGUGGCCAACCCAGGAGCCUAAUGCCUGAAAUAAUCCCUGGGCAUAUGUUGCAUAUGUUUAUAAAUCAAAUGUAACCAUUGUUUAAAAAGAAAAAAUCUACCAGUUGUUGUACCAUAAUAAAUUGUACUACUUCCUGUAUGGGUUCACCUAGUUAAAUUCCUCUACUUAGUGUCACUAUGGAUUGUAUUAUUUCAUUCACUUUUACAUUCCACUGUACCUUCAUGUGUUAUUAUUCAUCACCAAAGUCAGUUGUACAUUUAAAACUUUUCUUUUUCUUAUGAAAGUGUAUUUUAUUGCUAAUAAAAGGAUAACAAAAUAUAAUGUAAAAUGGGCUUGUAAUAAUUUUUUGGUAAUUAAAGUUUUUGAAAUUAGUAUAACGAGUACAAUCAGGUGAGUGAUAUGAUUGAUGCAGCAUUGAGGAUAGAACUUGAUGAGCGCAAACAAAAUUAACUCAUGGGAUUUUUAUGUAUUUUGGUCUUAAUACAUAGGUUUAUAUUGUUAAAUUCUUAGGGGGAUCUCUUUUGUUUUUGUUACUUAAUUAUUUUUAUCUAUGAACAAUUUUUAAAAUGUAUCUUAACAUUAUAUAUAUUUAAAAAAUCAAAUAUAUUGUGCAUGAUGUUCAGUAUAUAUUGGGUAUUGUUUUGUCCAUUUUUCUAUUUACAAUUUAAUAGUCAGAAGUGGAUGUUGAUUGUAUUACCUCCCUUAGGUUCAGGGCUAGUUUAAUAAGCUAUUUGGAAUAUGUGGUACUAAGUAGUCUACCAUUCCAGCUUUUUUUCAGUGUUGUAUGGUAAUCUAAUGGGUACAUAUUUGGUGUCAUAUGGCUGUACACAUUUGGUGUGUAAUGUGAGGGUACACAUUUGGUGUGUAAUGUGAGGGUAUAUAUUUGGUGUGUAAUGUGAAAGAUACAUAUUUGGUGUGUAAUGUGAAGGUACACAUUGGGUGUGUAAUGUGAAGAUACACAUUUAGUGUGUAAUGUGAAGGUACACAUUUGGUUUGUAAUGUGAAGGUACACAUUUGGUGUGCAAUAUGAAGGUACACAUUUGCUGUGUAGUGUGAAGGUACACAUUUGGUGUGUAAUAUGAAGGUACACAUUUGCUGUGUAGUGUGAAGGUACACGUUUGGUGUGUAGUUAGCAGAUACACACCUAGUAAGCAGUUUUUGUGAGGUGUCGUAAAACUCUACAUGAUUGUCAAUUUAGUUUGUUCUUCCUUGAAUAUCUAUCGAUACAUCUCAUAGUUUAUACAGUUUAAACAAUACAUUGAUACAAAAUUGUCUUUAGAUGAUCCUCCUUGCUUUGUAUAGAUGCUACAUCUAAUUUAAAAGGUAAAAUAAUUUUCUUUAGUCCACUGCAUCACUUACCUAGUUUACAGAAACAAUUUUUUAUCUUCUGGUCUAACUGGGACUUCAUCAUGUGGCUUGCUGCUAUAGUUAGAUGUGUAGACCAUUAACUUUUUAAAAAGCUGAAUAUAU